AUGGAAGAUAUCACUCCUACUGAACCAAAAGGAACCCCCACAGGGCCUUGCAUUGUCUUUAUUGGCCGCAGCAGCGCAGCACCCCAGCACAGUGUGAAACGUGACUGGCUACUCGAGACUCUUCACUGGGUCGAGCAGAUUCAUAUGCAGGAAUAUGGCAGUCUUGACAGUCGUUCUGUGGACUAUAUUCCUUUCAUCCAAAGUUCAAACCGCCCACUACCACUAGGUGGUGAGGUAAUGACAAAGCUUUCUGCCGUUUUUCAGAAAGCACGUGCAAAUGCUGGCUGCGGCGUAAUUCUCGUGAUCUCUGGCUGGGAUGGAUUGACCACAAAUGAUGGGAGCCUAGCAAUCCUUUACUUGAAGUCCGAGGGAAUCGAUGUUACUCUUCGGUUUUAUGUCGAGGAGUCUGACAGCAAAAUUCGGCAUUUCCGCGAUGUCAAAUUUCAGGAUGCAUACCGGGCCUUAAAUGAGGAUAUUAUGCUCAACGAUGGGGAUAGUUCUCUUAAGGCCUUUUGCGAGAGCUAUAGAGGCAUCCAAGCUAACAAGCACGCACAGGCUCAGGUGAAGAAGGAGCUGAAUGAGCUCUCCUUCCGCCGAAAUUGUUUCCCCCGGCCAGAAAAUUUCGCUAGGUGGGCCUGCACUACGCCUGGUUGCGGUAAAGUUUACAAGAGUCUUGUAGACCUCACAAGUCAUCGCGGGAAAAGCCACCGAGUGUGGAGUGAUGAAACCAAAGCUAACUGGCUUAUAUGUUCAUUCUGUCAAGAAGAAUUCUCCGAACCUUGGAGUCGGGACAGGCACCUCAAGAUCAACUGCCCCAAGAACCCCGAAAGCGAGAAGAACAAACCGGCAUCGAAGCCUCGGAAGAAGCGAGGAACCAUGGUACGAGUGGCAGGCGUCGAGGACCAGCCUGAGGGAUCAGACAAUGGGUUGAAGCCCUAUCUGAGUAUUGACCCUGCUGAUUUUCAUAAGGCGCCUCGCAUCGACCCGGAAAAUCCCAUAAUUUACCGAGGGGAAGUAUUCUGCCGGCAUCCAGAUUGUUCCUCAAAGAAGGUGACUCGAUAUACUCAGAAGAGUAUUGUCCGCAAGCAUUACCGGAAGGAGCACGGUAUGGAGUAUCGUCAAUUCAGCCGGACACUUGGAACUUUCGAUGAGCAGCCCCAUAUCGAUGGGCUGCAAUGGAUUUCAAUCUGUGUGCAACGUGGCCAGGAGCAAGCUGGCACUGCACCUGUUCCUCGGAAAUGGUGA